AGUCGCUCAGAUUUUCUUUAUAGACAAUACGAAUCCAUCGCUUUCAACGUGAUUGAUGUCUGUUAGAUGGACAUUUCUAAUCCGUUCUCAAAAUGACUACUCGUUUGCUGAGCAAGGAUCUUCCGGAUAUUGAGCUAUUCUGGCUCUUAUAACUGCCCCUACCAGAUAAUGGUCUGAGUCCACAUUAGCUCCUCUAUAAGUCCUGACACCCAUGAGAUUGGAGUAGUGUCUUGAAUCUAUCAAGAGGUGGUCAAUUUGAUUGUUUGUGCUCCCGUCAGAAUCUUCUGCUGUUGAAUCCGAAAAUAUCAUCUCAUGCUACUGUGAGACCAACUGCAGAAACUAAGGAAGCAAAGUUAAAGUGGAAAAGGAAUAGCGAUAAGAAAUGCAAUACAAUUUGCUCACUGGAGAAUAACUUCGAUGACAUAAAACAUACGACCCUGAGUGAAAGAGGUGCUCUGAAGGAAGCAGCUCGAUGCUUGAAGUGUGCUGAUGCUCCAUGUCAAAAGUCCUGUCCAACUCAGUUAGACAUAAAAAGUUUCAUAACUUGUAUAUCACAUAGGAACUAUUAUGGUGCGGCUAAAAUGAUUUUAUCAGACAACCCACUUGGUUUGACUUGUGGCAUGGUUUGCCCAACCAGUGACUUGUGUGUAGGGGGCUGCAAUCUUUUCGCCACAGAAGAGGGACCCAUCAAUAUUGGGGGACUGCAGCAUUUCGCCACAGAGAUUUUCAAGAAAAUGAGAAUACCCCAGAUGAGACCUCCAGAAGCUUCCAAAUUGAAAAAUGCCAAUUCAAAGAUAGCUCUUAUCGGUUGCGGUCCAGCCUCAUUGUCAUGUGCUACAUUCCUUGGAAGAUUGGGCUACAACGAUGUAACCAUUUUCGAGAAGUCUGAUUUUUGUGGUGGUCUCAGUUCUUCUGAGAUUCCGCAGUACCGUCUUCCAUACAAUGUAGUCAAUUUUGAAGUGGAACUUGUUAAAGAUCUAGGUGUGAAAAUUGAAUACAAUAGAGCAUUAUCUUCAAGUGACAUAACAAUUGAGGGAUUGAAAUCGAAUGGUUACGAAGCCAUAUUCCUUGGGAUUGGUCUUCCUGAGGCGAAAAUAACUCCUUCAUUUUCUCAUCUUACUGAGGACAUGGGAUUCUACACUUCAAAAACAUUCUUACCAAAAGUAGCUUUAGCUAGUAAGACAGGUAUUUGCAUGUGCAAAUCGAAAUUGCCGCGCCUUGAAGGAAACGUUGUGGUUCUGGGAGCUGGAGACACCGCUUUCGAUUGUGCUACUUCUGCAUUACGUUGUGGAGCUAGAAAGGUUUUUGUCUGUUUUCGAAAGGGGUUUGGAGGUAUUCGAGCUGUUCCAGAGGAGGUGGAGUUAGCAAGAGAAGAGAAGUGCGAGUUUAUACCAUUUGUAACGCACAAAGAUAUAAUCGUAAAAGAAGGAAAAAUAGUUGGAAUAGAAUUUUUCAAAACUGAAGAAAAUGAUAAAGGUGAAUUCCUGGAAGAUCAUGACCAAAUAAUUAAACUGAAAGCCAACUACAUUAUAUCAGCCUACGGAUCGACAUUACUUGAGAAGAAUGUGAUUGAUGCACUCAAGCCGUUGCAGCUGAAUGGACAGUCUUGCCCUGUUGUUAACAUAGAAACAAUGGAAACCAGCGAGCCUGGAGUUUUCUGCGGGGGAGAUAUGGCCGGAGUUUCAGAAACAACUGUUGAAGCAGUAAAUGACGGAAAAACAGCAUCUUGGUUCAUCCAUAAAUAUAUUCAGGGCAAACAUGGAAUAAAAAUUGAAGGUCCACCUAAACUGCCCAAGUUCUACACUCCUAUCGAGGAUGUGAAUAUUGAAGUAGAAAUGUGUGGAUUGAAGUUUGAAAACCCGUUUGGAUUGGCGUCAGCCCCUCCAGCAACCACAAGUGCAAUGAUUAGACGAGCUUUUGAAGCCGGUUGGGGGUUCGCUGUUACAAAAACAUUUUCUCUAGAUAAGGAUCUUGUCACAAAUGUAUCUCCUAGAAUAAUUCGUGGUACGACUUCUGGCUACUUGUUCGGGCCAGAGCAAGGCUCUUUCAUGAAUAUUGAGCUGAUUUCUGAGAAGGCAGCUCAGUACUGGUGUACCAGUAUUUCUGAGCUCAAAAAAGAUUAUCCUACGAAGAUAGUGAUUGCCAGUAUAAUGUGUCAGUACAAUGAGCAUGACUGGACUGUGUUGUCUCAAAUGGCAGCUGCUGCAGGAGCUGAUGCCUUGGAACUGAAUCUGUCCUGUCCACACGGCAUGGGAGAGUCUGGGAUGGGUCUUGCUUGUGGUCAGGAUCCUGUUCUGGUACACAAUAUAAGCACCUGGGUUCGUGCCGCUGUAAAAAUACCAUUUUUUGUGAAACUUACACCAAACAUCACAGAUAUUGUGAAUAUUGCAAAAGCAGCUUACGAUGGUAAAGCCGAUGGCGUAUCAGCUAUAAAUACUGUCUCUGGAUUGAUGGGCCUCAAAUCAGAUAACAGUCCAUGGCCGGCUGUAGGAAAAGAGAAGCUCACUACUUAUGGCGGAGUGUCUGGAGGGGCGAUCAGACCCAUGGGACUUCGGGCAGUCUCGGCCAUUGCCAAACGUUUGCCAGAUUUGGCAAUCAUGGGUAUUGGAGGAAUAGAUUCUGCUGAAAUAGCACUACAGUUUAUCAAGUGCGGAGCCUCUGUGGUGCAGAUCGGAAGUGCUGUUCAAAACCAAGAUUUCACAGUGAUUGACGAUUAUAUCACAGGAUUGAAAGCUCACCUCUACUUGAAAUCCUUGAAGCAUACUGAAGACUGGGAUGGCCAAUCACCUCCCACUCCGGUACAUCAAAAAGGAAAGCCUGUAGUCAACUUCGAUAAAAAACUUCCACACUUCGGAGAGUUCAAGAAAGAAAUUGAUCAUAAAAUAUCGGAACUCAAAAAAGCGAAUAAUCAAACUUCAAUUUUUGACAUUGAAUCAGAUCGUCCGCCCGUCUUACCUAAUCAACCAAGUCCUCAAGUGAAAGACACGAUUGGAGCAUCCUUAUCAAUGAUUGGAGUCUACAAGAGUUUGGACAAAAAUCAACAAGUUGUCGCUUUGAUCAAUGAUGAUAUGUGCAUCAACUGUGGAAAGUGUUACAUGGCAUGUAAUGAUUCUGGAUACCAAGCGAUCGAGUUCGAUGCAGUAACUCAUAUUCCUCAUGUUACAAAUGACUGCACUGGUUGUAACCUAUGUCUUUCAGUGUGUCCCAUCAUUGAUUGCAUUACGAUGGUACCACGACUAACACAGCACAUUAUUAAAAGAGGAGUUCCAGUAUCAAGCGAUGAACCGGCGAUAAAAUGAAUUAUGCUCAUUCAUUUUAACACCUUUAAUAAAUUAGUCUAAAUCAUCAAGAAGCUUUAUAAAAAUAUGUGAGCAUUUUUUCCCCAAUUAUCAAAUAGCAUUUUGUGUUACUUGUUCGCUGCAUGAACGAUUUUAGACAAAGAUUUAAGGAGGAUAUGAGUUGCAUAUUUAUGUUAUAAAUUUGAAUUAUAAACAGUAAACAGAA